AUGGAAAAUAGGAACAACAUCACUGUGUUUAUUCUCUUGGGACUGUCUCAAAACAAGAACAUUGAAAUCCUCUGCUUUGUAUUAGUUUUAUUUUGCUACCUUGCUAUUUGGGUGGGAAAUUUGCUUAUAAUGAUUUCUAUCAUGUGCAGUCAUCUAAUUGAGCAACCCAUGUAUUUCUUCCUUAAUUACCUCUCACUCUCUGACCUUUGCUACACGUCAACAGUGACACCUAAACUAAUGACUGAUUUACUGGCAGAAAGGAAGACCAUUUCCUACAGUAACUGCAUGACACAGCUUUUUAUCCUGCACUUUCUUGGCGGUGUUGAGAUCUUUAUCCUCACAGGGAUGGCCUACGACCGCUACGUGGCCAUCUGCAAACCCUUGCACUACACCAUCAUCAUGAGCAGACAGAGAUGCAAUGCAAUCAUCACAGCCUGUUGUACGGGGGCGUUUAUACACUCUGCCAGUCAGUUCCUUCUCACCAUCUUCCUCCCGUUCUGUGGCCCCAAUGAGAUAGAUCACUACUUCUGUGAUGUGUAUCCUUUACUGAAGCUGGCCUUCACUGACACACGUAGAAUUGGUCUCUUGGUAAUUGUUAAUUCAGGUCUGAUCGCUCUGCUGACUUUUGUGAUUUUGAUGGUGUCCUAUUUUCUGAUAUUAUACACCAUCAUGGCCUACCCUGCAGAGAGCCGCACCAAAGCUCUUUCCACUUGCGGUUCCCAUAUCACAGUUGUGGUUCUGUUCUUUGUGCCAGUUCUCUUCAUUUACAUUCGCCCAGCCACAACUUUUCCAGAAGACAAAGUGUUUGCUCUUUUCUACACCAUCAUUGCUCCUAUGUUCAAUCCUCUGAUCUACACACUGAGAAACAUGGAGAUGAAGAAUGCCUUGAGGAAAGUGUGGUCCUCUCACAUCAACAGGGAUCAUCCAAUAUGGAGGUUGUUGCACCAGGAAUAACUUUGUGUUGAAAUCAAUCUUCUUAUCAAACUUGUGGCUUGUGAGGUUAAUUUCCUCAUUUGCCUCCAUGAUGGCAGAUUCGUCUUACGAGUCUUCUUCCUCCGAGGAGGGCAUAAGUUCAGCCGACUCAUCUUCCUUCUCAGUUUUGAUAUCUCUAACAAAUUUGGCUGGAACCCAGCGCGGCGCUUUCUUAUCCUGUGGGAAGAUACAAGCAUAUCCUCGACCCUGUCUAAGCAAGGGGUCAGGCCUUUCCACU